AUGGGCAAAAUUCAAAACACAGACAAUUUGGAAUGUCAGGGCAAGUCGAGCUCAGAACGGUUAUCAAAGCAUCAACGAUACUAUCGAAGAUGUAGUCACGGGCCAGAGGUUCGGCUGAAGAACGCUGAGCGCAAUCGUUUGGCACGUCUUAAAAAAAAUGAAGAAGACUACUCAAAUGAAAUAUUUGAUUUCCAUUCUUCCGAGAAUGACCCGAACACCGUACUCGACAAGAAUGAUCAAGAGAACUGGGAAUAUUAUCGCCUUUUAUCUAUACGUCAAAAAAUCCUGGAAUGGAGCAGUCUGUGGGGCGGCUAUAAACUUUGGGCCCAGGUAUUACCUUCAGAGUAUUCCUCGGCUCUCAAGGCAAACAAAGGGGGUAAAUUUAUUGAGGCCUGCUGUGACCACAUCAAAAAGGGGAGCGAAAUGUUGGCCACACUCCGUUUCUUCGGUGGCAUUCUGCCAGAAGAACCAUGGAAAAUCAGGCAGCUGUGGACGAUUGUGGCAGGUUUAUUAGAGAUCAUGAUUGAAGCCCUCACCAUCAUGGAAACGCGCAUCAACUUCAUUCAAGAUGACCCAAUGAAUCUUGCUACUGAGGUCGACACUUAG